CGGGCCAGAACCACUUACCAUCCAUCUCCUCUCACCACACCAGUAGUAGUAUUUUGUACUGCCAACUCCAUUUUUCAAUAUAUAACAUUACUCACAAUACCCCUCUCUCCCUCUCCCUCUCCCUCUCCCUCUCUCCCAGAGCCAAAAAUUAAGCCAAAGCUAGUUCUCAAAUCCAAGUGGUUCAAUGGCUCAAAAGUUAGCUACUUUAAUGGUGCUUCUCUUUGCCAUGGCUGUUGGACAUUCAAACGCAGCCGCGUGGUGUGUGUGCAAGCAAGGGCUCAGCGAGGCGGUGCUCCAAAAAUCAAUAGACUACGCGUGCGGAAACGGAGCAGACUGCACCCCGACUCACCAAGGUGGCGGGUGUUACAACCCAAACACGGUGCUCGCCCACUGCAACUACGCCGUCAACAGUUACUUCCAGAAAAAAGGCCCAGCCCCUACUGCUUGUGACUUUGCUGGUGCUGCUAUCAUUUCCACUACUGACCCAAGUGUUUCUGGCUGUGUUUUUCCCUCUAGUGCAAGUGCUGCAACCGGGACGAACACACCCAAAUCAUCGUCCACAACAACAGGCACCACCACACCAGUAGGAGGUUCCCCUUACAUGACCACUCCAUCCAACGGUGUACUCGGUGGCGUUAAUUCGUUAGGGCCAUCCGGAGUUGGAAUAAACACCGACGACAGUGCGGCUGGGCUUCUACUCACACAAGGCAGCGCUACAAGAAUUCUCACAGCCAUUGUGUUUAUCGGGAAUCUUGUCUUAUGGGCAUAAUAGAGUGGCCAUGACUGAAGAUUGAUUAGUAGCAGUUUGGAUGAUGAUGAGCAAGAAAUGGGUGGCUAUUCAUGUGAUUGUAGCUAGUAACUAUUAAGCAUGUGAAGGACAAUAUAUAUGUAAAAAGCAACUUAAACCUUGCUUUUGUUUUUUGUUCCUUGUAAUCUUGUCUCAUUCCUCUAGUUAGAUUCUUUUUUUGCUUGGUUUAAUGUAGCUAGUGGAGACUGUUUUUCUCUUCCUUGAGAGUGUAAUUUAUUUUAUUCACCCAUCUUCUUUUAGUUUA